AUCUGGAAAGAAUCGACAAAUCUAUAAAGAGUAAAAAAAAUGAGUUAGCACAUUGAAUCAUAAUCCUUUCAAAAGAUUAAACGGUAUCAGUAGUUACUUUUCAGUCAAGCUGAUGAACUUGGUCUCCAUGGUUUUCUCAAUCGAAUCCAUCACAGGUUUAAUACCUGAUAUGAAUUGGUUGUCAAUCUUCACUUUGAUGGAAUUGUCGGUUUCGUUCAACUUUGUUAUAACAUUUUUUUCAAAUGAAACAACAUCAAAGGAAAGGUCUUUAACUCUGGUAUCAUAAUUGAGACGACAACUUUCAAGUUUCUUUUCAAGAUCUA